CCCCGCAAUCCUCACAACAAACUACUCUCUCUCUCCUUCUCCACCAGCAAGCAAUUCCUACGUCACCCUCUAUCUCUCUCUCUCUAAAAAACAGACAAAACAACACACGCAUAUAUUGUUUCCAAACUCAGAACCAAACCCAAAUCGUAGUACCGCCAAACUAAACAAACAACCGCAUUUCAUUCAUAUCAUAUGGGCAACGCCGACUUCGAGUGCCGACACCGAGUCGGUGUGCCCCCGCCGAAACCCUUCCUCCUCUCCCUGAAAUCCUCCCUCAAGGAGGCUUUCUUCCCCGACGACCCUCUCCGCCAGUUCCAGAACCAACCGCCAGGCCGGAAAUUGGUGCUGGGCCUGCAGUACUUUGUGCCGAUCCUCGAGUGGGCCCCGCGGUACACGUUCGAGUACUUUAAGGCUGACGUGGUGGCCGGGAUCACCAUUGCCAGCCUCGCCGUGCCGCAGGGGAUUAGUUAUGCCAACUUGGCCAACUUGCCUCCCAUUCUGGGACUAUAUUCAAGCUUUGUGCCGCCGCUGGUGUACGCCAUGUUGGGGAGUUCGAAAGAUCUGGGGGUGGGGACGGUGGCCGUCGCAUCGCUUCUGAUUUCCUCCAUGUUAACGAAGGAAGUCAAUCCCGUUCAAAACCCUAAGCUUUACGUUCAGCUGGCUCUCACCUCAACUUUCUUCGCCGGAGUCUUUCAAGCUGCUUUGGGCUUCUUAAGGCUAGGUUUUAUAGUGGAUUUCCUGUCGCACGCGACGAUAGUGGGGUUCAUGGGUGGAGCCGCCACGGUGGUGUGCUUGCAGCAGCUGAAAGGGAUACUGGGUCUGGUCCAUUUCACUCAUGGCACUGAUCUUGUCUCCGUCAUGCGAUCCAUCCUUACCCAAACACACCAGUGGAGAUGGGAAAGUGGAGUAUUGGGCUGUUGUUUCCUCUCCUUUCUGAUCCUUACCAGAUAUUUUAGCAAAAGGAAGGGAGCUUUCUUUUGGGUAAAUGCAUUGGCGCCUCUAAUGUCUGUUAUUCUGGGAAGCCUAGUUGUCUACCUCACCCAUGCUGAAAAACAUGGAGUCCAAGUCAUUGGGCACUUGAAGAAAGGAUUGAAUCCGCCAUCCGUGUCGGAACUGGCUUUCGGAUCAGAGUAUCUUCCUACAGCCAUUAAAACAGGAAUCAUCACGGGUGUCAUCGCUCUAGCUGAAGGAAUAGCAGUGGGGAGAAGUUUUGCAAUGUUCAAGAAUUACCAUAUCGAUGGGAACAAAGAGAUGAUCGCUUUCGGGAUGAUGAAUAUUGCUGGCUCCUGCACUUCUUGCUACUUGACCACAGGGCCAUUUUCGCGGACAGCUGUGAAUUUCAACGCGGGAUGCAAGACGGCGGUGUCCAAUAUUGUGAUGGCUAUGGCAGUGAUGUUUACAUUGUUGUUCCUCACUCCUCUGUUCCAUUACACUCCGCUGGUUGUGCUUUCUUCCAUCAUAAUCGCAGCCAUGCUCGGCCUCAUCGACUACGAGGCCGCCAUCCACCUGUGGAAGGUCGACAAAUUUGACUUUGUCGUGUGCAUCGGCUCUUUCUUGGGUGUCGUUUUCGGUAGCGUUGAGAUCGGCUUAGUCAUCGCGGUUGUGAUAUCAUUGCUCCGGGUGCUGCUAUUUGUAGCAAGGCCGAAAACUCAUGUUCUUGGCAACAUUCCCAAUUCCGUUGCGUUCAGAAGCAUCGAUCAGUACCCAGUCGCUCGCAGCAUUCCUGGAAUUCUUAUUCUUCAAAUCGACGCUCCCAUUUACUUCACCAAUGCAAACUACUUGAGAGAAAGGAUCUCGAGAUGGAUCGAUGAGGAGGAAGACAAGCUGAAAUCUUCGUUAGAGAUUGAAUUGCACUAUGUCAUACUGGAUAUGAGCGCUGUAGGCAGCAUUGAUACAAGUGGAAUUAGCAUGCUUGAAGAAAUCAAGAAAACCCUUGAUAGAAGGGGUCUCAAGCUUGUGUUAGCAAACCCUAAAAGCGAGGUGAUGAAGAAGCUGGACAAGUCCAAGUUCAUUGAAGCAAUUGGCGAGGAAUGGAUAUACCUCACGGUUGCGGAGGCUGUUGGAGCUUGCAACUUCAUGCUUCAUUCCUGCAAAUCCAAUUCCACUAAGACAAUUGAAUCAGAGGAGGCUCAGGCAGACAACAUUGUAUAACCAAAAAAAGGUUAAGAAUAUAUGUUGAAUUUUUAUCGCCCGUUGAUUCUGUACCCACUACACCAGUGUUUGAAUCUGGACCGCCCACUGGAGUAUUUUCUUUAUAGCUAGCUUUCUUUUUCCCUAUUUUUGUAGCUUCGUUUUUUUUUAUUAUUAUUGAUAAAUGAGCUUGUUUGUAGCUUCGUUAGUGUGGGGAUACGUAUCCGCCUACCACUGAGGAUGGGAAAUUAUAGUCCCAAUGAUAUAUGUAGUUGAAGUUUUGAGUGACAAGGGUGUUUUUUUCCCCCUCUUAUUACAUAUGUAUUUGUGUAGAACCCAAAGAAAGUUCAAUGCAAUCCUCAGUGAAAUUGUGUAAA